UAAGUUUUUUAAAAGAUGUCGGAGCCGGACGAUUCACCGCCAACCUCACAAAUGUUUGAAUACAAAAUGUUGCCGCUGCACAUGGAUUUCAAGGAGUUUACAAUUUGCAAGCCGGCGCCCUUCUCCUGCGAUGAGGAGGCAAUUUUGGAGCGCGAACGUUGCGAUUAUACAAAACGGAUUACGUAUCAAAUGGCACGUUCCGGGCAAACGAAUCGCCGGGUGCGCGUCUACGCGGAUGGCAUCUAUGAUCUGUUCCAUCAGGGCCAUGCCAGGCAACUAAUGCAGGCCAAAAAUAUAUUCCCCAAUGUGUAUCUAAUUGUGGGCGUGUGCAAUGAUGAACUCACGCAUCGCAUGAAGGGACGCACUGUCAUGAAUGGAUUUGAACGCUACGAAGGUGUACGCCAUUGUCGCUACGUAGAUGAGGUAGUCCAAAAUGCCCCUUGGACGCUAUCGGAUGAAUUUUUAGAAAAUAAUAAAAUUGAUUUUGUGGCUCACGAUGACAUUCCCUAUGGUCACGGUGGUCAGGAUGACAUCUAUGCUCCGUUGAAGGCACGCGGCAUGUUUGUGGCCACUGAGCGCACUGAGGGCGUCUCCACCUCGGACAUUGUAGCUCGAAUUGUCAAGGAUUAUGAUUUGUAUGUGCGACGCAAUCUUGCACGUGGAUAUUCCGCCAAGGAAUUGAACGUCUCUUUCCUAUCCGAGAAGAAGUUCCGCCUGCAAAACAAAAUGGACGAACUGAAGUCGCGUGGCAAGCGUGAAUUAACCAAAGUCAAGGGCGACAUUAUUACCAAGUGGGAGGAAAAGUCCCGUGAAUUUAUUGACACAUUUCUGCUGCUCUUCGGACGUGAGCGUCUCAAUCAUUUGUGGAACGAGUCCAAGGGCAAGUUGAUUCAAGCGCUGAGUCCACCUGGCAGCCCAUCGGGUUCGAUAAAUGGCGAUGACCUGGACGCGGAUGCCAACGAUUCCUCCGAUGAAUAUCUGGAGCUGCCCACAGAAUACAGCGGUGGCAGCAGCAGCUCCCUAAAUGGCAUUAAGAAACGCAGCUUUCGCUCGGUGGCUGGAUCCUUACCAGACGACUAUGAUGUCGAUGACGAUGACAAUGAAAAUGAUAAUGAUAAUGAUGAUGCCUUCGAUACAGAGUUCGUUGAACGGCGCAGCAAUUGAAAGAAUUCAAGACAAACACUUUUAAAUUUGGCUAGCCUUAAAAACAAUAUUACACUUUCUCUCUCCCUCUCUCUUUCUCUUCUUGUUAAGCUAUUGUACAAACAUGCAAUUUUCUAUGUAAAAAUUUAACCGGUUUUCAUCAAUA